UGCCUACAAUAACUAGAAAGCGAGCAAUUUGCAUGUUAUUUGGUGCUACAUAUAGCGACGAGAAUUGUAAUAAAUAUGUAAAAAUCAUUGACGAACUAGAAGGCUUGGAUAUUUGCUAUAACGAAGAUCCCAUGGAACCAAUUGUAAUCUGUUUAAAAAAAAUAAAAAACAAUCCUUUGCAAUAUAGAACCUAUCCGGAUAGUUUGGAAGAUGAUUAACGAUACUUAUGCUUAUCGUCUUGAAGUUUAGUUUCUCCUUUCCCUUUAUAAGGGGUCUACAUAUGGAUGUGUGUGUUCAGAUUUGGAGAAUCCGAGCUUAAUUGUUCACAUAAAAAAUAAAUAAAAAACAAAUAGAUAACAUUCUAGAAAAUGACCAGAUUGUGAAUUGAUUGCCUUAUUAGAAAUAAAGAAAGUUACUCUAUUUAUGGUGAGUUUGUAUAGCAGGAGUGUCAGCACUUGUAAUUUUUAUGAUUACUCAAUUCUCAGUCGAAAGAAAUUUCUCAAGAUAAUUUCUUGAGAUCGUCGGAACAAAAUAGGAAAUGCUAUUAUGCUAGAAUCUUCUUGAAUCUUUAUGUAACAGCGAAUUCAAAGAUAUAUAAAG